AUGGCUUCAAGAAACACUGCUUUAUUCCUCGUCGGGCUGCUCCUCUCGUGCGUCGCCAUGAGCAGCGGGGCAAGAAUCCUGGAGGAGACGGCUCCUUCCAAAGGCGAGGAGCACCUGCCGGAGCUGCCAGCGCUGCCCAAAGUCGAGCUGCCGCCAUUCCCGGAGGUGCAUCUGCCACCUAAACCUGAGCUGCCCAAGGUAGAGCUGCCGUCGUUCCCUGAGGUGCACCUGCCACCCAAGCCCGAGCUGCCAACAUUCCCGGAGGUGCACCUUCCAGCCAAGCCGGAGCUGCCCAAGGUUGAACUGCCACCGAAGCCUGAGAUGCCCGCCAUCCCGGAGUUCCACUUCCCGAAGCCGGAGGCUAAGCCAUGA